GGCAGGGCGCGAGGUAUCAUGGAGGAUCAGUAGGCGAACUGCGGCCAUCAGAGGAGAGCAGCGACCGCUCUGAUCCCCGGGAGUUCCUCAACUGUUCACCGACCGCCGUUCAGCCGCCGCCGCGCAGAUACCUCACAAUGGACAUGAAGAAGAGGAUCACUUUAGAGCUGCGGAACCGGAGCCCGGCGGAGAUAGCAGAGCUGGUGGUAGAUAACAGUCGCUCUGCAGACGGGGAGGUUGAAGGUCUGACAGACGAGUUCACGGAGCUCGAGUUCCUCAGCAUGGUCAACGUGGGUCUGAGCUCGCUGGCUAAACUGCCCUCACUGCCCAAACUACACAAGUUGGAGCUCAGCGACAACAACCUGUCUGGUUCUCUGGAGACUCUCUCGGAGAAAUGUCCCAACCUGACCUACCUCAACCUGAGCGGGAACAAGAUCAAAGAGCUGAGCAACGUGGAGGCGCUGCAAAACCUGAAGAGCCUCCAGAGUCUGGACCUGUUCAACUGUGAGAUCACGUCUCUGGAGGACUACAGGGAGAGCGUGUUCGAGCUGCUGCCUCAGGUCACUUACCUGGACGGCUUCGACCAGGAGGACAACGAGGCGCCGGACUCCGAGGCCGACGACGAUGAAGACGAGGACGGCGAGGAAGGGGCGGGGCCGACCGGUGACUACGACGAGGAGGACGACGAAGACGAGGACGAGGAUGGCUCUGAGGGAGGAGAGGUGGGACUGAGCUUUCAAGUGAACCGGGGAAAUCAGGAGGAUGACGAGGAUGAGGAUGACUAUGCAGAGGAGGAGGAGGAAGAGGACCAGGUGGGCGUUCAGGGAGAGAAGAGGAAGAGGGACGUGGACGACGAGGGCGAGGAUGAUGAUGACGACGACGACGACGAUGACUAGUCCGUCAGUCUCCUGUCCCCUCCCCCCGGCUGUUGUCCUGUCCCGUUCCUGUCCGUCUCAGUCCACCUUCGGACCCGACCUCUGCCAGACCACAACGAACUCUGCCAGCAGCAGGAAGCGUGUUUCAGUCUGUAGCUCACGGCUUUAUUCUAGAUCUUAUCAAAACUUCACCCUUUAAACCUCCUCCCCGCCUCCUGGACUCUGAUCCUGGACUCUGAUCCUGGACUCUGAUCCUGGACUCUGAUCCUGGACUCUGAUCCUGGACAACUUCCUGUUAGCACAAAACCAGAAUGAUGUCACUAACUCAGAUCUUUCCUCCGGUUCUUCCUGCUCGCGUCACGCUGCCGACGACUCGCGCUAACAUCAGGUGUAUUUUCUUCUUCAGGGACCGGACGCUCACUCCGGGAGAAACAAACUUCUGUUCUACAGCUGGAGAGAGCUUCCCAAUCCAGAUCAGACCAGAAGACUUCUGAUCGGAUCCGUCGGUCCCGGUUCCACUCUAUUGUGUUCCAGCUGUUUGCUAGCAGUGAUGCUAACGAGGCUGAAUCGACGUCACCGUGUACACUGUAAAACAUCUGUAUUUCACAUUACUUUAUUUUAUUUUGAAAAUCAGUGAGUUGUGAAUCUGAUUGUUUAUUAUUUGCUGUUUGAAAAUUAAACAGUUGCAAUUGAAAACAUAAAAUUUUAUAUAUAUAUAUUCAAUAUGAAAUACAGAUGUUUUUGUUUCCAAAACUUAAAAUGUUUUUCUAAAAGAUAAUUAUUAUUAAUUAUUUUAAGUUGAAAUAUUCAGAAAAUAUUUCCAAACAAAAUAAAAGAAUAUUGUGAUUAAACAUUUAGAAUUUUAAUAUGAAAAGACUUUCAUAUUAAUUCUCAAAGUGUUCCCGCCGUGUUCCCGCCUCGCGGCGCUCUGUGUGAGAAUGAAGGAGCUGCACGUAAGCGGCGGCGGAUAAUCCGCUCUGAAGUCUUCUGGUCUGUUCCGGGUUUAUUUGUCUGCUUUCUACGAGCGGGAACCGUCCAGCCUUCCGCAGUUUCAUCGCAGCUUUCAGGAAAACCCGGAGCCUCGAAAGUCUCGAGCCGUCUCGCAUCAGGAACUUCCUCCUUACCGGCUCAACAAACAGGAAGCGAUGGCGUUCUCAGGAGAGCGGGGCCGGUUCCAGCAUAUCAGACCGGACCCACAGUCCAAGAUGAUCCACGAUCAGAACCCGGUUCUCUCUCUGCAGCCAUAUCUGUUCCCAGACUCUGAAACCGGAGAGGAGAGCGCCCCCUUCAGGACCCGUCGGGGACGUCACAUGAUUCAGGAUCUUCCAUUCGCCGUCACGUGUGAACCCUUUAGUCCCUGAACUGGAUCACAUUGACUCCGCUGUCUGCGCCGUUAGAAACUCUCCGUAGAGCUCCGUGUUCCCAGUGUGUGUUUGAUUUAUCGUAGGGGGUUUCCAGGGGGGGUUUCCAGGGGGUUUCCAGGGGGGUUGGGGGGCGGGGGGGAGGAAAUGUUAGUUCUGAUGUGUUUGUUGUUUUUGUCCCUGAAGAGUUUUUGUUUGUUUUUUUAGUUUGAUGUGAAAGCGAGCGGCUCGUCCUCAACCCGCCCGUCCCCUCGCCAUGCUCAGACCGCCGCCGUGUCACACUUCAGGCUCCGCCUCCUAAAAAAAGACCUGAACCCACAGCUCCCCGAGUCUGCACUUGAAUGCACCUCGCAUUGACGGGUGAGCAGUGGAUUGUGGGAAACGGAGGUUGUAAUGGACUCAGUCUGCGAUGGAGGCGGAGCCUGAAAGAGGACACACCCGUGGCGUCUGAUUCAGGUGUCGCUGCUCAGCGUGGGAUUCCGCGGCCACGCGAGCAGCAACUUUUUACUUCCUGUAGUCGUGUUAAACGGGACCGACCCCGAGCUCACAGGAAGUAAAUCAUCCAAUAAGAUUAUAAAUAAUCAAUACGUUGAUUUCCGUCCUGGCGAGUCGGCUGUCGGUCCCGAUGAAGCAGCUCUGACGGCGAAUCAAACUGCUGUAAAGUUUCCUCUCGUUUACACUCUUAAAAAUGGGUUAGCAGCUAACGUUAGCUCAGCUUGUUUCUCUGAUAACUUCCAGACGUCCGACAGCAAGAUGUAAACAGUGGAUGGUAAACAGUCCGACAGCUCGCAGCUACUGAAGCUUUAAACGGAGUCUGUAACCACGACUGUAGCUGACGCCGGGCAGCCAUGUUUGUUUUGUCUUCAGGCGAUUCGUCCGAUUUAUCGUAACUUUCUGAAACGUUAUUUACGAUUUUUAAGAUCUGCUCUUCUGUCGGAGACGUCCUCUGGAGGAAGGUUUGGUGUAAGCGGGCGAACGGCGGCCGUGGAGUCAUUUUUAAGAGUGUAGAGGUCAAAGGUCGCGUCGGUGAGCUGCUGAGGUCAGUUUUAACUGGUUUUUAAGGCAAUAUUGUAAAUAGACUCAGUUUCAGGUUUGUUUUUAUUGUUUUUAAAGAAUUAAAUCAUUUUACAGAUGUUUGUUUUUUCUGCAGCGAGGUGAUAGUUGACCCACGUCUUUGACCUUUGACCCCGUUUACUUCCUCCCUCGUCCCGUCUGUGGGGAAACUGUGUUUGACUUUGUGGUGUAAUUAAACAUAUUGAGGGGUUUUGAAUUAAAAAAAUACAAAAGGAAAAAAA